GGGGCGCCUGCGCACUCGUCAGCUCGCUGGGACGGUGCCCACCCACCUUUUCCGGGGACUUGCUGGGGGAGAUAGCAGUAGCGCUAUCCACGACAGAGGGAUUGCAACAGGUUGGACGCGGAGGACCAACCUGCAAUUCCGACUUUGAGCUUCCCCUCACCAACUCCGGCGCCUCCCUAGCGACGCUCCCCGGCGCAAAGCCCGCCCACUGCACACGCGGAGCCACCACUUCCGCCCUCACUUCCCUCAGAGCAAGAUGGCAGAGGACCCGGAGUCUUCUCUGCAGCUCCCUCCCGCAAGUGCUGCUGAAGGCGAAGGUCCUACGGAGGGCUCCCCAGAGACGGUCACUCCGGAGCCCCCUUCUUCCGCUGCAGUCUCCCCGGGUACAGAGGAACCUGUCGGUGACACCAAGAAAAAAAUUGACAUCCUGCUAAAGGCUGUGGGAGACACUCCUAUAAUGAAAACAAAGAAGUGGGCUGUAGAGCGAACCCGAACCAUCCAAGGACUCAUUGACUUCAUCAAAAAGUUCCUUAAACUUGUGGCUUCAGAACAGCUGUUUAUUUAUGUGAAUCAGUCCUUUGCCCCCUCCCCAGACCAGGAAGUUGGAACCCUUUAUGAGUGUUUUGGCAGUGAUGGUAAACUGGUCCUGCAUUACUGCAAAUCUCAGGCAUGGGGAUGAACUACAGAGGGAAGAUCUUGCUAACUUAAAAUGAAUCUUCACAAAGGAAACAGCCCUGAAAGGCUUUGAUCUUGUAGCAGGAGACUUAUGGAUAUGUUCUAUUCAGCAUGUAUCUACUAUGACCCAUGUUUAUACAUUUAAAAAAUCCACAGAGUAGAUGGACUCACAAAAAGUGAUUUGUAUUAAUAUACAAAUCAUUGUAAAAGAUUGAUAUUACAGUAUACCAUUACUAUAGCUAUUGCUCUAGGGCUGCCUCCAGCAUAUUGACAAGGAGACUAAAAUUAUGUAAACCUGCUUUUGUACCCCUUCUCAAAAUGACUGAAAUUCUUUACUUGUAGAAUUAGCAUGGUGCUGUUUUUCCCCCCACUAUAAAAGUCAAUUUACUAAAGGAUUCUUAUUGGGUGUAUUCAGGGAAGUUCAGUUUGAAGUAUGGGAUAUGCCUUUUCUCAGUUACAUUUAUAUCCGAUGUUAUCUUGUGAAACAAAUAUCCAGCAUAGUCCAGUAGAGGGCAACCCAGCUGGCAGAAAGAGGCAGUUUGGUUUUACGUCUUUGCCAGAAAGUAAUAGCUAUUCCUGCUAAUUUCUAGGAAAUACCUAGCCAGAAGAGCUCACGUGUUGACACACUGGAAGACUGCAUUGGAGAAAAUGCGUGGUCUAGGUUUCAUAUUUUUGUUGGGAAAUAAGGAAUUUUACAAAUUCUGGACAAACGAGUCACCUAGCUCUUUCAGUCCUAUCAUUUAAUGAUUCUUGAGUCCCAGUGGUUUUAACUGCGGUGGUAUUCUCUCUCUUAUUUUUACAGUGUCAGAAGCAAUCGAUAAGUAAACCUGGCAGCAUCUUUGAGUUUUUAAUAAUGUAUUUUCCAACUUGAAAAUGCUCAAAAAUAACUGGAAAAUAGCUAGAUUUUAUGUGUAUUUCAUGCCAUGACUGAAAGUACCAUUUUUACUGAUGCUAUUAAACUGAUACUUGCUUGAAGUGAGGUUUAACUUUUUUUCUUCAUUCUGUAUACUUGUAAUGCAGCAUUUAAAAAAAAAAGCAUUCCAGUAAAUUGAAUGGAAUGUUCAAAUAGAAUCUAAGGUAUGUACAAGAAUUCUGUGUGUAUUUUCAAAGCUAAUGAGAAUGGUAUGACUUUUUCAAAGGACUUUGAACUAUAUACUUAUGUCCUUUAAGUCCAAGAAUGUACUUUGUCGUUAAUGAUCUGCCAUGCAUUUGCAUUAGGGGAUGCUAAGGAACAGUUCCAUUUAAGGUGAUGAAAUCACUGUUUCGCAUUUCUGCCCAAGAACAAAUUCUGUCUUAUAAGAUGAGGUAAGAAAUUGGUACAUAUAUUGAAAGCUGGAAAGUAUUACUUUCAAGUCAAAUAAGUUGGAUGUGGAAAAGAUCUGUUCUCUAGUUUUGUGCUCUUAGAAUUUACUGAAAGAUACAAAUAUAUUUAUCUAUAUGCAUAUAUAUUUAACAAAUAACAAAUGUGUUUAACCUAUGCAUAGUUUAUGUUUGCUGCUAAGGUUUCAACUGGUAGAAUAUUUACUUAUCUCAACAAUCAAAACUACUUGAGUUUGAAUUUGUGUGAUCAACUUAAUUGUUCUUUUUUUAUCUAAAUGAUUUAUUAAUGUAUUAAAUUUGAGGUUAGUUAAAUAUG